CACAAGUCUGCGAGCAGCUGGCACCACUGCGUGGGUUCUGAGUCCCCACUCGCCUGUGGCUCAAGCUCCCAACGGCGGGGCAAGGCUGAGCUUCUGCCUUGUGAAUUGCUGCCCGCAUCAUCUCCAACUGUCCCUAAUUCUUCCACCAACAAUCUUGUGUUUGUCUCCCAACGAAAUCGAAGUAACUACCAAACUUGCUUCCAAAUACACGCCCAAAGAAGCCAUAAGCCAUUUUUUCGACCCAGAAGCGACCACGAACCGAAGAAGCACCACCAUGGCGAACCAGGCAGGAGGGGCCAACGAGCUGCUAUCCGCCCAGAAGUCAUCAGACUCCGGUCUCCAAAUCAUUCUUCACCCACUCCCGAUCCUUGAGAUUUCCGACUUUAUUACCAGAGGUUACCAAAGGAACUACAAGGGCGCCGUUGUUGGUGGACUUCUUGGUCAGCAAAAUGGCCGCGAGAUCACUAUUGAGCACAGCUUCAGCAUCAAGUCAGUGAAGAAGGAGGAUGGUGGUGUCUACGAGCUCGAUGAAGAAUGGUUCAGGCAAAGGUUGGAUCAAAUGAAACUUGUCCACAAAUCACCACAGCUCGACCUGGUAGGCUGGUAUGCUCUCGUGCCCAAGUCGGGCCCAACAGUCCUCCACCUGCCAAUCCACCGCCAAAUCAGCACUGUCAACGAGUCCGCCGUAUUGUUAGGAUUCCAUCUGGAGGACAUGCUUUCUCCCGCGGCUGGGGACCCGCUUCCAAUCACGAUAUAUGAGUCGAACAUGGAGGCCGAAGGUGAAGAUAAGGAGAUGAAGGAUUCCGAAAACCCAACCAACAUGGUUCUCCGCUUCCGCAAAAUUCCCUACGCAACUGAGACUGGAGAGGCCGAGAUGAUAGGCAUGCAGUUUAUUCGUGAGGGUGGCGCCAACGCUUCGGCAGAUGAUGCCCCAGUCGAAACCAAAAACAUCGCUGAGCAAUUUGAGCAAAAGAUCGCCGUGACGGAUGGCAAGGGCAAGCGUAGGGCCGUUAUGACCUCUGGUUCCGUUUCGAAGAACCCAGUCAGUCCGAGUAAAGACAAGGGGAAACAAAAGGACGAGCCCUCCUCUUCCCCACCGCAGGCCGAGCCACCCAAUCCCGACAUCAACCUCACCAGGUCAGAGUCAGAGUACAUGGCUGUGCUCCAAGCAAAGUUCAAUGCUAUCAAGAUGCUCAAAUCACGUAUCGCUUUGAUCAUCACCUAUCUGCAACGCCUCCCUCCCACUUUCACGGAAGGAAAGCAAACCACACAGGAAGCUUCUGAUGCUGCUCGUGCCUCUGGCGGCCAAUACACGAUUCCCUCGAAUAACAUACUCCGGCACAUUCAGUCACUGGUCACCAACAUCGACCUUGUCACCCCUGCUGAACAGGCUGCUUUGCGAAAGGAAAUGCUGCAAGAGACCAACGAUGUAAAACUCAUCUCUUUGAUCUCUGACUUGUUGACCAGCAUCGCUGAGGUCAAGGAGGCAGGUAAAAAGUUCAGCAUCCUGGAGUCAUCAAAACAAACACGUGGACCGAGAGGUGGUGUGGGGUAUGGCGGGCCAGUGGGAGACAAGAGCAAUGACUAUGAAUUAACCGGUUCCUAUAGCCCUAUUCAUUCGAGGGGACAUGCUGAGUUUGGCACGACAGGGUCUGUUUCACAAGAGUUUGGUGGUGCCUCCGAUAUGCCUCACAACCUCUCUGAUUAAAGUGCUCGUGACGACGAGAGCGGACCACGAUAAACACCGAGGGGCUCUACGGAAACAGGAGAUGAAGGGGUUGGGGAGCGCUAAGGGCAGCAGACAUGUACAUGCACGAAACAUAACGAAUAUGUGUCCCCGGUGAGCAAGAUAAAGCGAUGACAAUUAUGAUGAGUUUAUGUAUGGCGUUAGACAUCCGGGCAAGACAGGACAGGGACAUGAAUCAGGGUCAGGAAAUAGGCAAGGGCAUGGGCAUGGAAAGGAAACAUGAUUAGUGGUAGCGUCAGCCAGUCACCACGAAUACAGGAAAAUGCUAUGCCUUUGAGCCAACAAAGCUAUACACCGGUA